AUGAGGAAUAGAGAACUUGAUGUCUGGGUAGUGUUUCACUUUCCCAAAGAAAAAAUAGCAAAGCUCAAAGCAAAGGCCAAUGCUGAGAUGGGCACAACCAGUAACAUCUCAUCUCUUCAGGCACUCAUGGCUCAUCUUUGGCAAGCGACGACACGUGCCAGGCAUCUCCAACCUGAUCAGCAGGUUAACUAUCGGUUUGCAAUAGGGUUGAGGCAAAGAUGGGAGCCUGAACCGUUGCCAAAAGAGUACCUCGGGACUGCGGUUAUAGGCGUUAAUGUGACCGCCAUUGCAAGUGAGCUGCUACAAAAUGGACUUGGCUGGGCAGCUUCCCAAAUAAACAAAAAAAUUUCCUCCCUGACACCUGAACAAGCGAGGAAUCACUUGGUGGAUUGGGUUAAAAAACCUACACUUAUUCCGAAUAUGAGGAACCCAACAUUGUUGGCCAGAUUAUUUACAGGAAGCUCUCCUCGGUUCAAUGUGUAUGGUAAUGAUUUUGGGUGGGGGAGACCACUUGCUGUUCGAAGUGGAGCUGGCAACAAAAUGGAUGGGAAGUUAACAGUGUUUCCUGGGGCUGAAGAAGGAAGCAUAGACUUUGAAGCUUGCCUUUUGCCUGAGACUAUACAAACUAUGAUGGACGAUGCAGAGUUCAUGGAGGCUGUAGCUUAA